AAUGGUUCACUCUUGGCAAAAAUAACAUGCAAUAUUUACAAUAAUAAAGCAUAAUAAUCUCAAUACCUGAAAUAGUUUUCUUAAUUGUCACAAAUGUAAAGUGUUUUGAACGUAUGUGUAUGUGCGCAGCAAAAUUUGAUACCGUGUUUUUGUGUUUCUUUGACGAAGGUGUUUAUAUUUAGUUAAAAAUCCCUUUUUGUUAAUUAUUUCAAAUCGGGACCUUUCAAAUGUAUCGAUUUACACGUGAUUUAAAGCGUUUUGAGCCAGUUUAUUAUAACCUAAAUAUCAAAAUAAUGAUUGAAAACAUAUCUAACCAUUAACCUCUUUUUUAAAGUAUAAUGAAUUAAAAAAACAAUGUCGAGAUGUAUACGAGUAUUCGGGGCAUACACGUAUAGACUAACGCGAAGACAUUCUACUUUAUUUAUAUUUAUUACUUUCGUAAUAACUCUUACUGUGAUAUUUCAUUUAUAUGCUUUCAAACAUCACGAGCACCCACAUGCCUCUCCACAUAUUGGUGACUUUGAAUAUAGACCUGGUGCGUUCUUACGAGGAAGACACCCUCACGACAACAGAAGCUAUUGUCAUUUCAACUAUGGCUUACCAAAUUACAUCGAUUGGGGAACGUUUCCAAUUUUCACAACGCCCGAAGCGGGGAUUAAUGGACCAUACAGAGUCAUCUAUAACGCAAUCCUUGGCAUGGCAUAUGCCAAUAACAGCAAAUAUGAUGCGGUGACGUAUGCGACGCAAGCAACCCCAGAAUUCAUUUAUCACAUUGCAGAAAUUGCCAAAUAUUGGGACGGUCCCAUCAGUUUAGCUGUAUAUGUACCCAAUUAUGAUAUGGACAUUACAAUUCAAAUAAUGAAACAGUUGUGCUCAUGUUAUCCAGCUAUGUCGAAAGUAUCAGUACAUCUUUUUUAUCCUAAACGUCACCCUCCAAAGAUAAGAAAACCUGAACAAAUAAUAGUUACCACUGAAGUUUCUACAACAACGUCAAAUGUUUCAGUGGAAGAAAUAUUGAGAAAUAAAUUGGAGCGAUAUAAGAAUUUGAACCCAAAAACUAGAGCGGGGUAUGUAGAAUGGGUGAGGAAAAAGAAAAUAGAACGCAUGAUGGCCAAACUGAGGAAAAAGGAGGAAGGCGCACCAAAUUUGCAUUUCGUUGAUUGCUCCGGUCCCGAAGUGCUCGACAUAGCGACGUUUCGCCGCGAUCAUAAAAUGAUAUAUCCCAUAAACGUGGGAAGGAAUGUCGCUAGGAAUGCAUCAAAGACAAACUAUUUUAUUGUGUCUGAUAUAGAAAUGGUACCGAGCGAUGGAUUAGCGCCGAAAUUUCUGAGAAUGGUGCGAAAACUUAUGGGCGAUAAGAAACGCGACGAGGGCUGUAUUUUCGCUAAGACAGUCUUUGUAGUGCCGCUCUUUGAGGUAGAAAGGGGAGAGGAGAUACCUCAUGACAAAGACACGUUAGUGAACAUGGUGACAUCGAACCGCGCGAUGUAUUUUCACCAGAAAGUUUGCUCCCAUUGCCAACGAUUUCCGGGCCUGCAGACGUGGUUGCUGCGCCCUUCGCCAUCCAUGUUGGAGCCGAUGCUGAUAGCCCGCCGGGAGUACCCCUAUCACCGCUGGGAGCCUCUUUACUUCGGCACACACCGCGAGCCCUGGUACAGCGAGAGCUUGUCUUGGGAGGGGAAACAGGAUAAGAUGACUCAGAUGUUAGAGCUAUGCCUACAAGAUUAUCGCAUGGUGGUACUCGACGGGGGCUUCCUCUGCCACGCUGCGAUAAGCAAGAAUUCAUCGAACAACGCUAGAGCGCAAACGAUCAACCGCCAAAGAUACCAGAGCAUCAUAGCUGCGUUCAAACAGAAUUAUCCAGAUAGGCCGAAAUGUAAAUUGACGUGGGGUUGUGGCCAGUUGAAAUAAAGGCCUCGGUCAAUGAGUGAGGCUGGUAUUUGAUCGAUGUUUUGUAUGAUUGUUUAUUGAAUUAUUUAAAUGGAAAUUGAAAACAGAUGUACGCCAAUGGUAUAUAGAUCUUAUGCUGUACGAUUUAUGUUAUAUUGGAGGUGUCAAUAAUGAGAUAAUUGUUUUUCUAUGCUGAAUUGUGACUGUUCGGGUAUUAAGUAAAAAGUUUUCGAACAAUUUUCUAUAUUCUAUUGGACUAAAUUUAAGAUCAACAUUUGAAUCAAAAUACUUUUCAAACAUACAAUCCAUUGCCCAACACUUCUUAACUUAACCUUUUAAUUAAAGAUGAAGAACUGUAAAAGUAAAAACGAGGGUAUAUUAUUUAUCAAACAUUUCAUAGCUGUGUAUGUUCCAUGUAUCUAUGGUGAUUGGGGAUCGACCCACGGUAAAUAAAAAUGAAUAAGACCUUCAUUUUACUUUCCCUUCAUGGGAAAUAUUAUAGGGCUCCCUCGUCGAUCGCGGUCAUAAAGCAAUAUAGGCCGAUGUUAUAACCUGCAAAAUAUAGCGAAUUCCACCCAAAUACGAAUGAGGAAAAUGAGCUUUUCUACAUUGGUUUGUUAAUUUCCGUUUUCCUCAUUAAUUUUUGUCAAUUAUCGUUCAUAUUUUAUUAAUACUGCUUUCUUAAGUAAAAUAUAACGGAUUGUAAAAUGUACUAAUAAAUUUCUGGCAUACAUUUCGAUAUUGAGUACAAAAAAUUGCUCUGUUUUCCUACGAAAUAUAACUUGUAAUUGUUUAAAGACACAGUAAAUAUCGAGGUGAUGUUACAACAAAGCCACGUUAAUACAUUUCGUGUAUAAAUGAUACAAAUAGGUAUCGUUUGUUUUUGUUUAUAGCCCGCCAUUUUGGUGGGAAAAUUCCCUUACAGAAGCGUAUAAGAAGUUAUGUGAGGUACGUGAAAAGAUAGUUCAUAAACGUUGAUACUAGUCAAACGUAAAUUAAUUUUCAAUCUGACGAAUUUUGAAUUUUGAAUUUCGAACAUAAUCGUAGUUUCUUAAUAUUAAUGUAUAUUUGAAUUCAUAAUUAAUUUACAAAACAAAUAACGGGAAAAUGGCGAUAAAUUUAUAAAUGUAGUGAUUUGAAUUAUUCGAUUUUCAUAGAUGGCUUGAGGGUUGAACUACUUUUUAAUAUAAAGGAAAUGUACACUAGAUGUAAAGCCGAGCGGUAAGGUCUUCCAAACUUUUAGUUUGCAUAGAGUGGGAUGUCUCCGCUAAACUUUCGGAUUUUGUGGGAUUAUGAAUUAUUCAAUGGCUCCUCCCUGCUGUGAUUACUUUGUUGUGAACUUACUGAAUAAUAGCGGAGUUUCCCGAUUUUAUGCUUAAUAAUUUCUUUCUUAUUCGAAGUGAAAUACUUUUGUAAAGGAUCCCUGUUCAUCUGUGUCGAUCUUUGUAUAUUUAUUCGGUGGUUAAGUGUUUAAAGCGAUUUUAUAAAAAGUGUAUAUUUUGUUUUUAUUAGUAUGACUAUUUUGCCUAAUUAAAUUCCUACUAUUUCUAUGUUUGUGAAUUCUUUCAAUAAGGUUAUAGCUGUUUUUAUGUAUAGCUAAAAUACUUAAAGUUAUUAAAAAAAAAUAAAACCCAAAUUGAUAAUAUAUGUUUUAAAGUAUGCGUAGUUAUUUUAUUUACGAAUAAGAUAUGUAAUGCGUAUGUUUAAAAUUGUUAGGGGAUUACAUAAUGUUAAAUUAAACAAAAACUAAAGGCAAUAUUAUUGAGUUAAACAUUAAAAAGUAAUGUUCCUUGAAAUUGUGCAACCGGCCAAAUAAUAAUGAAUAAAUGUGUUUUUGUGUAUUGUAAAAGACAUUAUGUGUAACAUAAUUUAAUGAUACUAUUUUUUGUAAGACAGACAUUGUGUAAUGGUUUAUUUAGAAGAUUUCUUUGGCAUGUACAUAACGAUUAUUUUAAAGAUAAAUAUAACAAAGUUUACCAAGUAUUUAUUUCUAUUUUGUGGAAUGACGUGCAAUGGUAUUAAAUUCAUUGUCUGGAUUUGCUUGCCAACACAGUACAUUUAGUAAAGAUAUUUUAAAAUUAUCGUCAAAAUACUAUUAAAAUUCGUGUUAAAAUAACUCAUGUUUCGAAAUUAUGUAAAAUGUAAAUCUAUCAUUUCUUAUGUCAUUUCGUCCUCAAAAAGGUUAUAUAAAAUAAAUUUUGA